GGAGCGUCAAACAAUUUAUUGUAAUAUUAUUUCCACUGUGAGCAACUAUUUCAUGUGUGACCUUGGAGACUGUAACCUACUCUACUCAGCAUUACUCAUACAAUUCCUGCAGAUCUGUGUGGACAUAAUGACUCAAUGCCGUCUCGUCAUCUUAUUUCUGGCUUUUGAGCAUCUGCUUUUCAUUGCAAAUGCGGACAUUUAAAAUGAUUAACUAACAUCUGCGUUUGGUCUUUUUCUUUUUCCCUCCAUUUAGAGCCUGAAAACACUGACAGCAUCAGUGCACCAACACCACGGUGACCACCUCUGCCACCUCCUUCCUCUUUAAUGUUUCAUUUUCUACCUCUAACUUCUCUAUUCCUCUCUCUGCUUCUAUGGCAUCCAUCUCAGCCACCACUCUCCCUUACUCCCUUCCCUUCUCCACCAGCUCCCCAAAUCAGACUGUGUGUUCGUUCGACGACAAGGCCCUACGUCUCCCUCUGACAAUAACCUACUCCCUCAUCUUCCUCUUUGGUCUCGCCGGUAACCUCUUUGCGCUGUGGGUCUUCAUCUUCCUGCAUGGAAGACAUAAUUCUGUGCGAGUGUUCCUCAUCAACUGUGCUGUGGCUGACCUGGUCCUCCUGGCAUGCCUGCCCUUCAGGAUCUUCUACCACGUUAAUGGAAACCAGUGGGUUCUGGGACACAUAGGCUGCAAGGUGGUGGGAAACCUGUUUUAUAUGAACAUGUACAUCAGCAUUACUUUGCUGGGGCUCAUCAGCUUAGACAGGUACAUAAGGUUAAAGGGGAAGAGCACAGCGCGGAAAAGAAAGAGGAUUCGGCUGUGGGGGACCAGUCAGCCGUGGAGCCGGGUGGCAUGUGGGGCAGUGUGGGGGCUGGCGCUGCUGGCACUGGUGCCAAUGAUCGUCAUGGCUGAGGAUGAUGAACAAACCGGCAAAUGCUUCCAGUACAAGCAGCGGCGCACAGAAGGUAAAGGGAAGGCCUACUUCAACGGCGCGGUGGUGAUGUUUUUCUGGGCUGUCUUUGUCAUGCUGGUGGUCUCCUAUGGAAAGGUUGCUGCCCAACUGCUGAAGGUGUCACAGGACAAGCCAAACUUUCCAAAUGCACAGCGGUAUGCACGGACUGCCAAGAAGUCCUUCUUUGUCCUGUUUUUGUUCACCGUCUGCUUUGGGCCAUAUCACACCUUUCGCCCCAUCUACAUUCUGACCCAACUCACUGAGAACUUGUCCUGUGAUUACCUGCAACAAGUCGACCGCACCAAUGAGGUGAUGCUACUCUUCUCUGCCUUCAACAGCUGUUUGGACCCUGUUAUGUACUUCUUAUUGUCUGGUUCAGUGCGUAAAACUGCCCUUCGAGCACUUGGUCAUAGGCUUGGCAACCGGCUUCCCUUCCUACAGGAAGCAACAUCUCAAAGCUCAACAGAGUUUAGACGACCAUCUGCUGCUGUGGGGUUUCCCAACUCAGACCAGUCAACCUCAGCUACCCCAAGGGCCAGUAUCGUGUUAAUGAAUUCCACCCUGCGCAGAACAUGAGUGACCUCACUCACAUCUGUUGGUCAGUGACCAGCUUUAGAGACUGGGGAGUGAGUGAGGUAGUGAGUGAGUAGAUAUUUCUAACACAUCUGUGAUCUUAAAACAUGCCUACAUGUACACAACUUUCAACAAAUAUAAAAAAAUAAAAACAUUUCACUACUUGGCUGUUCAAAAAUGAUGCCUUCUAAAUGCUAAUUAUUUAUACUUUCUGUUGAAGUUUUUUUUUAUUAACUUUUAAAUUAACUUAAAAAAUAAAAGGCAUAAAACAACAUGAAAUUGGGAAAAAAGUAUUGAGUUUCAAAUUAUAAAAGAUUUGAUUCAUUUAAAAGGCAGUUUAUGAAACAACAUACCGUAUUUUCUGGAGUAUAAGUUGAAGCUUUCUACUAGUUUGGGAGUAAUUAUAGUGACCAUUUAUAUAGAGCUUUUCCAAGAAUCAAAGCACUAGUCAAAAUAAA